GGUGUUAAGUUAUUCGAUCGCAAAUUUGUCGCAGCCAAUUUGCGUAGCCAAUUGUGCUGCCCAAAAUGCUCCUGCGAAUAUUUGCACACUUAUUUUGCCAAAGAUGGACCAGAAGCGAGUCAUCGUCCAUUUCUGUUGCCUUGCGGCCACAAUAUGUGCGAAUCGUGCAUUUUAAAGCAAGGCCAGCAAACGGACUUCAAAUGCGCCGUUUGCCUCAGCCCUGCACAGCCAACGAUUAAUGCCAAGGAUCCGAAUCGCAAGCGGGUGGGCACCAUACGCGACUAUUACGAGCUCAACCAUCACGUGAUGGGCGAGACGCAGAGCCUCGGCUAUUAUCGCCGCUACUCGGUAGAGUCGGUGAACAACUCGCUGCUGAUGUGCUCGGUGAACAACACGAGCGAGAUUGUGCUGGAGACAAAGUGUAGCGAGUGCGGCUGUGUGGCAGCGAGAGUCGAGUGCAAGCAGUGCAACGCCUUUUACUGCAAAUGCUGCUUUGAGACCGUACACAGUCACAGUCGCGUCCUCAAAUCGCACAUCUUUCAGUGUCUCGACGACGAUAAGAGUCACCCCGAGAAAGGCAUUUGCGUUGGCAAGGAAAUCUUUCAUAUGCCCCUCCGUCUAAUAUGCCAUGCGCACAAUGCCCCAGCAAACAUCUACUGUACCAAAUGCCAACGCAACUGCUGCGAGCAGUGCUCUGUGAAAUAUCAUGGCAAUCACAAAAAAUGCCUAGUGGCCGAAAUGAAUCAACGUUAUGUUGCCGAAGUGCCAGCUACUAUUCAAUCUUUGGAAGCUGGUCUCUUGCAAAUAAAAAAUGCACAGAUGGUGAGUAAUAGAAAGUAA